AUGGGCAUUGAAACCUCCCCUCUUGAUGUCGAGGAAUCGACGGAACCCCCUAUAUGUUCUUUACCGAAGGAACACACGCGUACCGAUGUAGACAGCCAGCAGGACAUUGAGAAAAUCGAACAGCCGAGUGCUCGGGUGGUAAAUGAUGCUCAACAUCCUGCUGUAGAACCGUGCCAACCCAUUCCUGAAAGCCUGUCGGAUUACCCCCACACUGUUGAUCCUGCACAACUUGCAGCGUCUCUCAACGUUCAGCUUCACCAUGGUCUGUCAAAUACCGAGUCGGCGGCCCGUCUCCAGCGAGAUGGGCCGAACAGGGUCCGAGAAAUGCAGGGAGUGUCGGUCUGGAAGAUACUGCUGAGACAGGUUUCCAACAGCUUGACUUUAGUUCUCGUCAUUACUAUGGCAAUAUCUUUUGGGAUUGAUGACUAUAUCGAAGGAGGCGUGAUCACAGCGGUUAUCCUCCUUAAUAUCGUCGUCGGAUUCGUGCAGGACUAUCGAGCCGAAAAAACCAUCAUGUCCCUGCAUCGACUGUCUGCUCCCGUGUGCAAGGUGCUACGAGAUGGCCAUGUAGUGUCCGUGAAGGCCGAGUCGCUUGUCGUGGGAGAUAUUGUCCAACUGGCUGUCGGAGAUAUCGUCCCCGCCGACUUGCGACUCGUCGACGGCAUGAAUGUAUCCAUGGACGAAGCCUUGUUGACUGGCGAGUCCCUGCCGGUGGCAAAGACUCCGCAUAUGGUCAUGGCCUCGCGAGACAUCCCUAUAGGAGACCGGACCAAUAUGGCCUAUUCAGGAUGUAGUACAACCCAAGGUAGAGCCACGGGCAUUGUCACUGCAACGGGAAUGAGGACUAAGGUGGGCAAGAUUGCGCAGCUUCUUCAAGAGACGUCCACCCACACCAGUUCAAACCUGUUCAUGCGCGGCUUUCACCGAGUGAAAACCACCAUUAAAAAUAUCCUGGGGCUAGUAGGUACUCCGUUACAGGUGAAGUUGAGUAAGUUUGCGCUUUUGCUAUUUGCUCUCGCCAUUCUUCUUGCCAUCAUCGUGUUUUCGGUCAACAAGUGGGAUGUUCAAGGCGAAGUUCUCAUCUACGGGAUCUGCGUCGCCGUGGCCGUGGUCCCCGAAUCGCUAAUUGCCGUCCUCACGAUCACUGUGGCAGUUGGAACAAAGGCUAUGGCCAAAGGCAAUGUCAUUGUGCGGAAACUGCAGUGCCUUGAAGCCGUGGGCGGAGUAACCAAUAUUUGCUCCGAUAAAACAGGGACAUUGACCCAGGGCAAGAUGGUCGCACGUACCGCGUGGAUUCCAGAGGCUGGCACUUUAACCAUCCACCAUACCACAAAUCCAAUCGAUCCUACCAGUGGGUCGGUCCAACUCGACGAGGUGGACUGGAAUCGAGAGGAUCUACAGAGCAACCUCGCCCUGCGAACAUUUCUAGCUGCAAUCUCGUUAUGCAAUCUGUCGGUGGUAGAAAAAGCCGGGCCGUCGGAUGUCUCAGGAAAAGAUCCUGUCCGAUCACAAAAUGAGUGGACUGCUGUCGGCGAGCCUACUGAAAUUGCCUUGCACGUUCUCGCGAUGCGUUUUGGCAUGGGAAAGCCAGCCUUGUUACAGGAGCGCGACAUUGCCCUACACACAGAAUAUCCCUUUGAUUCCUCAAUUAAACGAAUGACAGUCGUUUACAAAAACGCAGUCGCCCAGGUCCACGAAGUAUAUACGAAAGGGGCACCUGAGGCUAUUAUUCCUAGACUCCGUCUGAGUGGACAGCAGAAAACGUUCAUGCAGGACACGGCAGACCGAAUGGCCGGAGAAGGCCUUCGCGUACUGUGCGUGGCUUAUAAGAUGACGUCGAUUGAUGACAAUACACAGGUAUCCCCACGUGCCCACGCCGAGUCUGACCUAACUCUUAGUGGUCUGGUUGGACUUUAUGACCCCCCUCGGGUCGAAACAGCUGCGGCUGUCCGUCGCUGUCAGAUGGCUGGCAUUACGGUCCACAUGUUGACCGGCGACCAUAUCCGCACGGCCACGGCGAUCGCCUCCGAAGUGGGUAUACUGGACCCGUUCGUCAACGCAAAGUCCAGCCGACUUGUCAUGGCGGCGGAGGAGUUUGGCCGGUUGUCGGAUAUGGAGAUUGACGCGAUUGAGAAGCUGCCUCUGGUGAUAGCACGCUGCAGCCCGACCACGAAAGUUCGAAUGGUCGAGGCGAUGCACCGACGCCAGGCGUUCUGUGUCAUGACGGGCGACGGGGUCAAUGACUCGCCUGCUCUGAAACGGGCAGACGUGGGUAUUGCCAUGGGGAAAAAUGGCAGUGACGUCGCCAAAGAGGCGGCUGAUAUGGUAUUGACAGACGACAACUUUUCGUCGAUUGUGAGAGCGGUCGAGGAAGGUCGACGUCUGUUCGACAAUAUUCAAAAGUUCUUGAUGCAUCUUUUGAUCUCCAACAUUGCCCAAGUCAUUCUCCUUCUCGUUGCACUGGCAUUCAAAGAUGCAGAGGACAAUUCGAUCUUUCCCUUAUCUCCCUUGGAGAUUCUAUGGGCAAAUCUCGUGACGUCCUCUUUCCUGGCGUUAGGGCUUGGACUCGAGGAAGCGCAACCAGAUAUUAUGUAUCGCCCGCCACACGAUCUAAAAGUGGGCGUUUUUACCCGGGAGCUGAUCAUGGAUAAGAUGAUUUACGGCACGUUCAUGGGGUGUCUCUGCCUCGUGUCAUUUGUAUGUGUGAUUUAUGCCAAUGGAUCUGGCACCGCGGACAUGGGCUACGACUGCAACGAGGGAUGGAACAGCAGUUGCGACGUGGUUUUUCGCGCCCGCGCUACGACCUACGCCACCCUAACAUUCCUCUUAUUGAUCACGGCCUGGGAGGUCAAGCAUUUCUCUCGAUCCUUGUUCAAUCUCGACCCGGACAAAUACCCCGGUCGACUAUCCGUCAUCCAUUCCAUCUGGCGCAACCGCUUCCUGUUCUGGGCGGUCAUUGCCGGCUUCGUGGUCGCCUUUCCCGUUAUUUACCUCCCUGCGGUCAACCGCAUCGUGUUCAAACACCACGGUAUCGACUGGGAAUGGGGUGUUGUUUUCGGGUGCAUGUUGGUAUAUUUGGUCCUGGUUGAGAGUUGGAAGGCGACAAAACGAUCGUUUGGCAUUGGUAGUGGAAAGAAUGCGCGGCUGACGAUGGAGGAUGCUGAGAUGAGGGCUGGACUGGCGUCACCGUUUUCCAUGAGCGCCAAUGCCAGUGUGGAUGCCAGUGUGGAGGCACUAGCGCUGCUAUCUUCCGGUCACAGUUCAGGAAUCAUCAAACGCCUAAAAUCCCACCUCCCCACCGACGUUGAAUUCGACUUCCUCGACGCCCAAUACCCCUCUCCCCCGGCCCCGGGCAUCGAUCUCUUCUACCCGCCCCCGUACUACACCUUCUGGCGCGAAAACACCGUCCCCGCAAUCCGCGAAACCAUCACCUGGUUGAAUGGCAUAAUCGCCGAACGUGGCCCUUACGAUGCCGUCAUGAUGUUCAGCCAGGGGUGCGCGCUCGGCGGGAGUCUCCUGCUUUUACAAGAAUGGGAGCGUCAGCAGCAAGCCACCCAGACUGAAUCCCAGACCAAGACCCAGGGCGGGAAGAACCCAUUCUCCGCAGCAAUUUUCAUCUGCGGCGGUCCACCCCUCCUAAUGCUCUCCGAAACCGGCUACACCCUGCCAUCUGCAAUCUUCGACCGCGACGCCGACAGCCGCGCCAGACUCGCCCAAGUCGCCAACUCCGAGAACCUUCUCGCUCUGGGGUCCUCGCGAUGGAACAACCAAGCGCCCGGGGGCACUAGUUCGGACGCGGAAGAGCGCAUCAGGCAGGAACUCGCUGCACACGGAGACGUCAAGAUCCGGAUCCCCACGGUGCAUGUAUACGGAGACAAGGACCCGCGGUAUGAGGCGAGUGUGCAGCUGUCGGGGCUUUGUGAUGAGAGGCGCCGGCGCACGUUUAAUCAUAAUGGCGGGCAUGAGAUACCGAGGUAUGAGGCUGUGACAGCGACGGUGACAGAGAUGGUCAUUUGGGCGUUGAGGGAGGGGGGUGUGAUUGAUUGA